AUGCAAGUAUUUGAAAGUGUUGAUCGUGUUAAAGUGAUAUUCCUUGGUCCACCAGCAGUGGGCAAAACCAGCAUUGUUCAACAAUUCGUGUGGAAUAGCUUCUGCGACGAAUACCAGCCGACUGACCGUAGGCACACCUACUACCCAAGCGUGAUCUCUAACGACCGUCUAUACGAAAUUAAAAUCUCCGACUUACCAGUCAUACCUUAUUUCCCAGUCAAUUCGUAUUACGAGUGGACCGAUUACCGUUUCUACGGCUUGCGUUCCGCUUCUGCCCAUGUAUUGGUCUUCGAUCUCGCCAACCUAGAAACCUUCCAGUACGUGAAAACACUGCGCGAGCAAAUCUGCGAGAGUCGUAACAUGUCCAACGUGCCAAUUCUGGUUAUUGGUAACAAACUAGAUCUUAUAUCCGGUGAAGAUAGUGCUGCUUCAACAAGCGCCUCAUCCAAGGCAAUUACUGGUGGAGAUGCAGAAAAGCGACGCGAUAUCGCCAAUCUGGUACGCAAGCACUGGAAGUGUGGUUAUAUGGAAUGUUCAGCAAAAUACAAUUGGAAAUUAGUGGCGGCCUUUCGGGAACUUAUGGGCAUGGUAGAUAGCAUUGACGUGCGUGAGCAAAGUCCCAUGCUCGACAAUCUGCAGGAUGCGCUCGAUCGCAACAAGUGCGCAAUCCUUUGAAAUUCGGCCAGUGCGCAUCAUCUGCGCCAUGAUCCCCUCACUAAGGACGAGAAAGAUAUGCUU